CUAAACUGUCAAAAUAAAUUUCGAACAUUCCACCAAAAAAAAUACCCCAAAAAAAAUUUUUGUGCAGUGCUGUGCAAAUGCAAAGAAAAUCAAGAAAAAAGAAAGAAUAAAUAAAAGAAAAAACACAACACAAUUCGAUUAAAAAUUCAACAUUUACAAUAAUUAACCCCCAAACAUUAUUUAUUCCAAAACUUUCAUUCUCUUAUCGCGCACUUAACAAAAAUAAAAAUAUUCCAUCAAUCAGAAGUACAAUGUUCACUGAUUUAUUCCAAAAUGUACAAAUCUAGAGGAAGACGACGACGACCACGAAGUUGUCAUUUUUCUGCUCAUCCAACAAAACCCUACUACCACCAUCAGCAGCAGCUCAAAUAGAAAUAAUGUUGAUGCACAGUUCAAUGUCAGAAAACCUAUGACGACGUCCUCCAGAAAACUUUUAACUUAUAAUUUAUAACAAACAACAAACAAAAAAUAUUAUUAUUUUCUUGUUAAUUUUUUAUAAAACAAAAAAUAUUUACUUGACUGUGGCAAAAGUACAAAAAACCUUCUCUCUGUUGUUUGGUUUUUAAUAUUGUUCCAAUUUAUAAUUUAUUUAUUUAUAUUUUUGUUGAGAAAAAAGUGCAAAAAAAAGAAGGCAAUCUCAAAAACAUCCUAGAGACCAUAACUUUAUUUUUUUUUUUGUUUUGGGAGAGAGUAAAAAUAUGGGUGUUUGUUUGUGCAAAGAUAAAGUCGAAGAUGGACAAACGGAUGUUGGACCAGGAGCAGCUGCCGGAGGAGGAGGACAUCAAACAGAACCAUCGCCACGAGCAAGUGGACAAUGGAGCACAUGCGGUUUGGAAUCCUACAACAAUAUGAAAUCGCUGUCAGAGACGGUGGACAAACUUGUGAAUGAAACACUGGAUGUUAUUGUUACAGUUAUUGACAACGAACCCGAACCACCAAGUUCAAUGGUUUUGCUCCAUGUAAUAACAGACAAACCUUCUGGUUGGAUUGAAUUGGUCAAGUCUCUCAUACGUGUUGUACCCGUCAAACAUCCAAUGGGUGCCAGUGUUAUAGCCCUACUCUUAGACGAUAGUCCAUUACCAACAAAAGAUUCCGUGCUGAAAGUUGCUGAUAUGAUUACACAUUCCCUUCGAAGGACGCCACGCCGUGAACGGAAUUUAUGCGUUAUACUUGGUUGUUUGGCUGAGAAAUUAGCCGGUCCAAGUAGUAUUGCCAUGUUAAAUGAAACAACACUUCAGUACCUGAUUGAUAAUUUAGAAGAUGGUGUUAAUCAUGAUGUAACAUUGUUAUCGUUAAUUGCUUUGGAAAAAUUUGCUCAAACAAGUGAAAAUAAAGCAACAAUUAAGAAAAAACUUGCUGAACAUCCUAACAAUCCGUUGAUUAGAUUGGAAAAAUAUGCUACAGAUAAUGACUAUGUGUUGCGGCAAAUUGGAUUCUGUGCCCGAUGGUGUUUGGAUAAUUAUUUUACUGUCGAAGGAAGAAAUUACUCAUAUGAGACUGUAGAUUUGAGCAAUAUUAAUGUAAUGCUUAACACGAAGGAUGUCAGCGAAUAUCUCAAAAUAUCACCAGAUGGCUUAGAAGCAAGAUGUGAUGCUUAUACGUUUGAGAGUGUGCGGUGCACAUAUCAGACUGCCGUAGAUUGCUGGUAUUACGAAGUGUUAAUAAUAACGCCCGGUGUAAUGCAAAUUGGAUGGGCGACAAAGGAUUCAAAUUUCCUAAGUGACGAUGGUUAUGGCAUCGGUGAUGAUAAAUACUCUAUUGCAUUUGAUGGCUGUAGAAAGCUGAUUUGGCACAAUGCCCAAUCGGUGGCGCAUAAUCUUUCUGCGUGGCAACAUGGUUCCAUUUUAGGCUGUUUGCUAGAUCUCAAGCAGCAAGAAGCAAUAUUUAGCUUAGAUGGCCAGGAAACUGAAGCAUAUAAAAAUGUAUUUAGUAAUGCUAAGGAAGGAUUUUUUGCAGCAGCAAGUUUUAUGUCCUUUCAACAGUGUCGAUUUAAUUUUGGCCUAGAACCAUUUAAAUAUCCACCAAAAAAUCGAACGUAUCGCAGUUUUAAUAAUUGUGCGACUUUAAAGUCCCAAGAUAAAAUUGUUCUUCCUAGGCAUAUAUUUUUAGAAAAACUACGUAGACUAAGCGUUCGCGAUGAUUCAUGUACAUUGUGUUUUGAUAAAAAAGCAACAAUUCGGCUUUCACCUUGCAACCACAGAGGAUUCUGCUCAACGUGCGUCAAACAACUACAACACUGUCCAAUGUGUCGAGCUGAAAUUGAGUCGAAAGUACAAGAAGAUAUCGACAGUCCCAUCGUUGAAGACAUUACGACGUGAUGUCACCCAACUACAGCAACUUCACCAACUACAAUCGCAAACACAAUAGAGUGAAUAAAUAAUUUUAAACCAUCCCAGGAGGAAUAUUUUAAAUAUUGCUUCAAAAAUGAAUAUUCUAUUUUUGUGUUGAUAAAUAAAAAAAAAAAAAAACAAAA